AUGGUCGGUGUUUUAAUAGGUGUGGAAGAAGCAAAACAAUUGAAAAACAUUCCUCUUUCUAACGACACAAUAUCAAGGCGAAUCGAUGACAUGGCUGCCGACGUUCGUGAUCAGACAAUUCAGCAAGAUAAACAAACACCAUUCUCAUUGUUUUUACAGAAUAAUGAGUGUAUAUUGUUGUUGGCUUACUUAGCUGAUGUAUUUUUGCAUUUAAAUGACUUGAAUGCAAAUAUACAAGGAUGUGAUAAAAACAUUUUAUUAAUGACAGACAAAGUUCAUGCGUUCAUUAAGAAGCUUGAUAUCUGGAUUAUUCGCCUUCAAAGCAAAAAUUUGGACAUGUUCCCACUCACUUCGGAUUAUAUUGAGAAAAAUUUGAAUGAACAAGACACUAUUAUUCACCACAGUUUGGAGUGCAUGAAGAUGCAUUUGCGUGAGCUAGAAACUCAGUUGACAGAGUAUUUCCCGGAAGAUAAAAAUGAUUUCUCAAAGAGAUGGGUACUGAAUCCGUUUAGUGAAAAUGUUGUUGCUGCUGCUAAGUUACCAGCUGAGAUUCACGACCAGCUCAUCAAAAUGUCUGCCAACAAAACACUACAACUGCAAAUUACAUCUGAAGAUUUAAAUACGUUUUGGCUUGCUCGUCGACAUGAAUAUGGAAAUUUAGUCACAGAAGCAUUGAAAAUAUUAAUCCCUUUUGCUAUGUCUUAUCUCUGUGAAAAGGGUUUUUCGUCUAUGGUUGCACUAAAAACUAAAUACAGGAAUCGUCUUUUAUCACUCGAAAACAAUUUGCUUUUGUGUGUUUCUAACGUAGAUCCACAUAUGGAGAAAAACAAAUGCAACCAUCACAUUAAUUUGUUUUCUUUACAUGUGCACUUAUUGUAA